AUGGAAGAGGGCAACCCGGUCGGCGUGCGGGGAGGUCACUGCGCCAUACCAUCUCGCGGGCCGCGGGCCGUUUUGGGCCCAGACCAAGGUGCGGGGGCGGACCAAGGGCAUGCGCACCUUUUGUGCCCGCUGCCUGGGCGCGAGACGUGGCGGGAGAAGACGCGCCGGGCGUGCGACCACUGCAACGAGGAGCUCGCGACGCAGCGCAAGGGCAAGAAUGUCUUUGUCCGAAAGAACCCGCCUCUGAGGGCACACGAGACUGACAAAUCUGGGCAACUCACAUUGGCAAGCAAGCCACUCCUCGCCUUCGCCUCCUGGAGCGCCCCCCGCAUCGACGUCCUUGGCCCCGCCCCGGACGGCGCCUCCCUCUGGCACAAAUUCUACACCGGCUGGGACUGGCAGCCCGCAGAGGGUCUCCAGCGCGUGCCCGCCGCCGACGUGACCUGCCCCUUGAGUACUUCGUGGGGCGAGGACCACCUCGACGUCGUCAGUGUCUCAGAGUCCGAGUCUAUCUAUCAUAAGUACUGGCAGGAAGGCUAG